AUGUCUCACGCGUGCGACAUCUGUGGCAAAGAGUUCAGUCGAAAAGCCAACCUCGUCCGUCAUCGCGACACGAUACACGGAGACGUGACGGACAUGGCUUCGGGAGAAGAGGUCUUGGACGCCGAGACAGGACAAAACCGAUCCGCUGAUAUCUUUGACGACACCGACAAUUCAUCCGAGGAGGCAACCACCGAGCAUGACACGGAGUCGCUGGAAUCUUCCGAGGAGGAGGUCUCGACGGUGUCACAAGAUGACGUCUCAGAAGAUGAGUCUGUAAAGGAUUCUUGGGAAGCAGAGUCAACGACAGAAACCGAAAGCGAUCAAAGCGGUUCUGAGAGCGAUGCAAGUUCGACCGUGUCUUCCAAUUCCUCUUCCUCUGAUGAGUGUGAAGAGUAUGGUUACGACAGCGGUGACGAGGAAGAGCGGACGCUCUAUCGAGACUGGUCCAUUCCACUCAAGCACGAACCGGGCGAUGUCCCUCAACGUGUGAUCAAAGUGACAAAACGUACUGCGUCCUACGAGUUCUUUGUCAACGGGAUCUCUGAUCCAGCAAGACACAUGUGA